AUGGAAGAGAGUUGUGGAAAGAUAUCAACUAAGCAGAAAGCAGUUCAUCAUUGGGAAGAUCAGUGGAAAAAAGUAAGCAUGAGCAUACAGCAGACAUUGGGGAGCAAUGGUAAUAUAGAGGAGAGCAUGGAAGGGAGAAGGAGCAAUGGAAAGAGAUGGAGAACUCAAAGUAGAUCAUUUCUAGUGGAAAGGAAUAAGAGAGCGUGGAAGAGAGAUGGCGAGAGGUAGAGAGCACAGUGGAGGGAGGGAGCAUGAGACCUGAGGGGAAUGGAUAGGAGACAGAAAACUAAGGGUGAGAGGUCAAGAGAUUAAGAGGGCUGAACAUAAGAGGUCAGAAUAUUGACAGCAAAAGUCCAGAAGUUAGAGAGUAAGAGGUCUGAGAACAAGAAGUCAGGAACUCUGGUAAAUGUAAAACAUAGUUAUGUAGCCAAAACAUUUUUGUGGUACAUACAAAAUCAGAAAACGUAUUGUAUACUUAGGCAAAAAAACUCAUCUGAGAGGGGUGAGCAACAAAUGGUAGGAAGCUGGACAAGAAAGCUAAAGUUAGCAAUACUGGAGACUGGUACUCAGUAUAAGAAAUAACAGAGCGAGUGUGGGUCUCCUAAAUAGUGUGAACCUAGAUGGGUUUGUAUAUAGGGACAAAGAGACAGGAUAUCUCUAUAUAAUCACGCAUAGCUACUUGGUAGGAUGGUGUAUUCAUUUGUAGCUGACACAAACAAGAGUAUGUAGUCACCCAGCUGCAGAAAAUGAGGGGAAAGGAAUUAAACAUUGAUUGAAACAAUUGAAUGAUGUUAAUAAAUGCAGUCUAUUUAAGACUUUGCCUCAGAACUACUCUUACAUAUACCCAUAAAAUCAUAGGAGUUAAGAGAGCUGUAAAUUGCAGUGACACGAAUGGGAUUAGGACUUUUGUGGAUUUUUUUAUUUUAAUUUUUUUUAAAGUAUGCAUAUAUGUGUUUGUGUAGAGAGAGAGAGAGAGAGAGAGAGAUGACAUAGUCAGCCAGUUAUUUUACCUAGCAGAUCAUGUUUUCAAACUACGUAAUUCCCAGUUUAGUCUCCCUGAAGUCUCAAUGUCUGGAUUAUUAACUAAAUUCAGAAUUUUAGACAAUUAAAUUUGAGUGGCAAACCUAAGGCUCAAAUGGUGGAAAAUUCUGAGUUUAAAAAAUAACUUUGCGUGAAUUAAAUGAAAUCACAACAUAAUGUGAAAAUAGGGUUCCUUGUUCAUAAUGUGGCACCAGGACACACAAGAAUAUGCCUGCCCCAGACUGCCUAAGAUUGACAACAAUGACACUUCCCGGCUGCUUGUAUAUGGCUGUUUCUAGCGUUCUCUUCUUACUGAUAUGUAAGGCAAACACAGUAUUUAAUGAAACACUGUAUCAUAAUUUCCUCAGCAGCUCCAGUGGCGCAAACUGCAAGGGAACCUCAACAUGUUUGUGUUUGUGUGCAUGUGCGUGCAUAUGUGUUGCAAUCCAUAGCAGCUUGAAUAGAAGGUUAAUGCAAUUUCUGGGCACAAUGAGAAAUAUGCAUCCAGGAGUGUUAUACUGAGGGACAAAGCUCUGUAUACUAUGUUAAUGAAUCCUCUUACCUUUACUAACGAACGUGGCAGAAAGAGGUAAAAUGUAAUUAGCUUAAUAUCAAAAUAUAUAACAAUAAGGAUUUGAGGAAAAAUUAAGGUAGAGGAGAUAUGAAGAUAAAGAUUUAGAGUUUUCAACAAUAGCAAUAUGCAUGACAAUAUUGAUAUAAAAGGGAUUUAACAGAUAUUAAACUAGAUUGUGUAUAUGUAAAUUAAGGAGACAGAAGAGCUUUGAGGAAAAUAAAAUGACACGCAGGAUGUGUGUUCAGUAGUACUGAGAUAUUGAAGAAUAUUUAAAUAAAGUUUGCAGUAAAAUGCUGUGCAUAAAUACCUUGGGGAAAAUAGAAGGGAGUAUGUAGACAAGUACAUUAAAGGGACACUAUAGCCAUCAAGACAAUCCUGACCACUUAUUGAAGUGGUCUGGGUGCAUUGUCCCUGUCCCAGUUAGUCCUGCAAUGUAAAUCAUUGCGGUUUUUGAGAAACUACAAUUAUUAGCUUGCAGAACAAAGAGUGACUCUAGUCGCUGUCAAUCAGGCAGCCACUAGAAGCACUUACUGGUGGCUAAACGUCUUUACGUUGCCUAACUGAUGCUGGAUGUCCUCACGCUCUGCAUGAGCACAUCCAGCGUCAGUAAAAUCCACAUAGGAAAGCUUUGAAGCAAUGCUUUCAAAUGGGGAGGACCUAAUUUACUUGCGGCGCACCCCAAGCUUGCGCAUUAGACCCCACCCUGUUGGAUGAUGUCAGAGGAGGUGGAGCACUGACACAGCAUUGAGGGACAUCGGCGCUGGAAUCGGAUAAGUGACUAAGGCUUUUUUUUAACCCUUUUUAAGCCAGAUGCGCAAAGUAGGGGGGGAUCAGAGGGCUCUACAGUGUAAGAAAUACAACUUUGUAUUGCUAACACUAUAGAAUCUUUUUAAAGCAAGGAAUAUAAUGUCACUGCAGGUGGAGUAAGGGCUACAUAGGAAUCAAAAUAUGGUUUUAAAUAGAAGCUGUAGGAGGAUAUCUAGAGCUAUGGGAGCUGUAAUAGAAUGUUAAAUAAAAGGAGAAAAUGUGGCAGUAGGGAGGUAGAGCAAUUCUAUUAUUUAUAAAGAGGACUUUGAACUAUACAUGUAUGAGUUGGAGAGCUGAAACAAAUAUUUUUAAAGCACAUGGAUUGUCAUGAAGUAAUUUAAGGAGAGAGGACAAUAAAUAGAAAUGAUAGGUUAAAAUAACUCCAUAUUUUUAAUUUAUUUUAAUUUUUAAAUUAAAAAUAAUUAUUUUUGAAAAUGAAAUUAAAAGUAGUCUGACCCCUCCGUCAACUAGUCUGAACUUUGACUCAUCAUAUAUGAACAUUAAAACUAUACUUUAAAAUAACUGCAGCCAUCUGAACUUGCCUUUAGAUAGAUAAGUGAAAGUAAUGCUUUCUUAUUUUCUCACAGGCACACAGGUAUGAAGCAAUGCUUAGGUUGCAGUCAGUUAUGUUGGGUGGUUGUGUAAUAAUUAUUAGUUUUAGUUUCUUAUGGUUUGCUUUUGUUUAAAAAAAAUUUUUUAUGAGUUUGCUCCAUGAACCCAUCCUUCAUGCCACAUUCACCCAACUUGACAUGUUUCUACUUCACUCUGAGACUACUGCUGUACAUGCUGUGAUAUCAUAAUGUAUUGGGAUUUGUAGUUCAGCAGUUAGUUUUUAGUAACAUAAUGCAGACAUUUGAAUUCAAACUCUCAGAAACCUUAGCUGUCCCUAUAAUGUUCAGUAGUUCUAUUUAAAAUCAAGUGCGCACCAUGAUUGGUUCUUACUGAGUCAGUCACUUCCUGAUUUGGUGGGAGCUCACUGAAGAUCCAGCACAGGCUAGGACAAUGCAAGACCUUCAACUGUAGUAACUAGAUUUUCCACACUAUGAAAUAGUGGCUAAAAACCAAUUUGGUUCAGCUAGAUGUGAAUUUGAAUCUAAGUUGCUCUUUAGUACUGGUUCUGUCCUGAAGCACAUAAUCCUUCCUUGAUGUGAACAAGACAACUGCAGACAAACCUGUAUCAAGCUUAUCUGAAUAGACAAUUACUGUACAAAUAAAAGUUACAACCAGAAUUAGCAAUGCUCAAUGCCUUGCUCUUGGCACUUUUCUGAGGAUUCUUUAAUAUAACAUUACAUUAAUAUUAUAUUAAUAUUAAUUACAUGAUCCUUUUUCUUAUUACUGCUGUUCAUGUUGUUACUAGGUUAAAUCAUUUAUAACUCCUACAUAAACAAUUUCUUUCUCCUGUGAUAUUCAUGAGAUUGUUUAUUGUUAGGUCAUCCUAUCCAAUAAACCCUGUGUCUAACUUUGUCAAUUUUCUUGUGCAGAGACAAAAAUUGUUCCCCAUGUCUACCCAUUGGUCCAAUAUGGAAUCGGAGAGAGCCCCUCAGUUACCUUUGGCUGCUUGGUAGAUAAGUAUUUUCCAGAUCCUGCUACUAUAUCAUGGAGUACAACUUCUGGGGGGACACCUACUGACGUGAAGACAUUCCCUUCAGCUCAGAUUGCAGACCCCAUCAGUUAUCAUCGUAGCAGUCAAGUGACUGUCAGCAAAAACGACUGGGAGAGCAACACUUACCUGUGCACAGUUAGUCAUAACAGCAGCAACUAUCAGACAGCCAUUCCAAAGAGUAACAGUAAGUCACUAAUUUGUUUACUUUACACAACAGGAUAUAUGUUUACUGCUUCUUGUGUUUAACCCCCUAAGGACACAUGACAUGUGUGACAUGUCAUGAUUCCCUUUUAUUCCAGAAGUUUGGUCCUUAAGGGGUUACAUAUGCUUUUCUAAUGUGACGUGUCACAUUACAAAAUAUAGUCCAUCAAAGAGUCAAAAAGUUACAGUAAAAUUUUCUGAGAAGUUGUUUAGGUAUUACAAAGGCUAGCAUGAUGUGCCUACAUUGUGUACUUUUCAAUCAGGAACAAACUGAAGGCUUGAAGGAACACUAUAGCUUGCUGUAGUGGUUAUGGUGCCAAGAAUACCCUGGCACUUCCCUAAUGUAACUUGUCAAAUUGCCUUACCUGGGAUCUGUUACAGCCUACAGAGAACUGGAAAUAGCUGAUUAGGAGAUACCAUUAGCUAUCAUUAGCUCUCCCUGAAAUGUUUGGUUUAGUUUGGAAAAAGAGCUUCUAGUUUACUGUAGUCAGUAGGGGUGGUGGAGAGUGCCAACUGUCAGCCAGAUAAGAAAUCAAACCAUUUUAAAAUGGUUUGACUACUUAAAUUGGGAAAGGGCUACAGCAUUCUGUAGUGGUUAUAGUGCUUGAGUGUUGAUUUAAGCAUAUUUAAUUCAUAUUUAUCCUAGAGAGAGAAAAACAAGCUUCCUUUUUUUUAGUCCUUCGGUCUUCAUAUACACAGAUCUUCCUGAUCUGUUGGAAUUUUACUUAAAGGUUAUCAAAGGUUGAGCAAAGCUACUUAACUCAGGAUGUUUAUAAAAUAUGUGUUCUGUGAUUAUUAUUAUACAAAAGGUGUAAAAGAUAUACAUCACUGUUUUGGGUUGUUAUUUUUGUUUUGCUUUUUUAGGAAACUUCGAUAAGUUACAAUAUUCUAUAGUGACAGAUAAUUAUGCACUAAAGUACUGUAUGAUAAACUAUGAAUUACUCCACUUUACUGUAUAUUAAUUGCCUGUCUUGUCAUCCCACUAAUCCCACAGGUUGUCAUGAUCCAUUAAGCGCAAAGCUUCUUCAAGGUUCCUGUCCCGAAAACAGUGCAUCGCAUACUGUAGAAUUGGUUUGCCAGAUAUCCAAUGUCAUUUCCCAGAAUUAUCAAGUCAAAUGGUUUAUCAAUGGUAAAGAAGAAACUCUUGAAGAUAAAGUUACUCAAGUUGGGACAUCCAGCUACACCAGAACAGUCAAUGUCAAACAGGCGGAAUGGAACAGUGGUGUCUCAUUUAUGUGUCAAGUACAUGAUUCUGGGAACGUAGCUAAUGACACUAUAAGAAAAUGUUCAGGUAUGAGAUCUAUUUCACCUCUACAUGAUAUGCAUUGUCUUUUAUUUAUAUGUUUCAUAUCGUUGUUGCAUCCUGCAUUAAAAAUAUAAACAGACAUGUAACUCUACUUACACUGCAUUCUCACAAAUUAAGUUGCAAACCAGAUCAUAAGCUAUAUUUUUCUCAUUCUAGACGCCCUAAAUUGUUUUGGAAUCAAUGUGUUCAUUAUGCGUCCAACUGUUGAGGAUCUUUUUGUCCAUAAAAUUGCUCGUAUUACCUGUCUGGCAUCCAAUAUUCCAAGUAAUACUGGCUAUCAGUUUAGAUGGUUCCAGGGUGAAGAACAAAGCUCAAUGUAUUCUACAGAAGACGCAAUCCUAAACCAGAAUGGAACCUAUAGUGUGUCCAGUGUUCUCACGACAUCCACCGACGCUUGGGACUCUAAAACGAAAUAUACCUGCACAUUCACCGACAAUAUGCUACGGUCUCCAGUCAUCAAAACCAUAUCCAAGGAUUUAGGUGAGUUUAUGGUCUGGAAUGCUUAAUGUGAUGCAAGUACUGUACAUUACACUAAAUAGAACCCCAAAUCAGUGCCCUGCAACCUGAACAUGGUCAAGUGCCAUUGAAAUCUGUGUUUAAAAACAACUGAGCAAUCCAUAAAUUCUGGAUCACUCAUGGUCCUUAACCCCUUAAGGACACAUGACAUGUGUGACAUGUCAUGAUUCCCUUUUAUUCCAGAAGUUUGGUCCUUCAGGGGUUAAUUACAUAGCAUAAAAGCAUUGGUUGCAGAAAUACCAAUUUCUUUAUAAAUCAAUACUGAUACUGGCAUACAGGCUCUACGGGCAUCCAACCAUUUACUGGCUUGACUACAGUAAUUCUUGAUGCAAGCAAAAUAUUAAAUAUUGUUAUUCCAGUAGGGUAAGAAUACAUACAUGUACUUACUUCUGGGCAUUAGAUAUGAUCUGCUUUCAAACAUAUGUUUGAUGAAAAUUAAAAAAAACAUUUUCUUUUCUUUCUAAAGGUCAUACUAUCAACAAAUAUUUAUGGUGAUAAAAAUACAAUCUUUAUGAAUCCAAUUCCAAAGAAUGAACUUGUGUCAUUAUCUCACAGUUUGAUGAAAAUGCCACAAGAGAGUUGACUUUAAAUAUGUUUGUAGAUAUAUAUUGUAUAGAGUUAUCAUAUCCCUAUGUUAGAAUUGAAUUUCUUAAAUAAACUUGCAAAACUUUGAAGAGCCACGCUAAGCACCAAAAUUUCUACAUCACUACAGCUUACACUUCGUAAUGUUACUUUUUUAAAGGGGUCUUAAAUAUAUAUAUGGACAAAUAGGACAGUUCAUUUUCUUUUAACAUAGUGAUUGUUUUUUUAUCUCCCUAUAUACAUACAUAAACUAUCCCCCCCAAAAGAAACCUGAAGACAACUGCCCUCUAGUGGUUAAAGUCUUCAGAAAAUUCUGUAAACUCUGUCUGAAAGUAGGAGUACCUAGGCCCCAGGACACUGGCAGAGAUUUAUCAAAGCGUUGUGUUUUGAAAAAUGGUGCAAAGCACUCAAGGUGUGUCAGUCCCCAUGAAAAAAAAUUGAACCAGCAAAAGCAUUCCAUUGGUGACUGCACAUUCAUUGGUAAAGCACAUAUAUGUUUUCACCUCUCUAUAAAAGCAAUUUUGAUGUUAAUUGACAAAUUUAUAUAGCCAGACACUUUUGUGGUAAAAAAUAAUAAUAAUAAUAAUAAUAAUUAAUUAAUUUAGCUUGCAGAAUUUGGUUGUUUUAUUAAUGGUUUCAAUUUCAUAACAUUAAAUUAUGGAAUGAUUAGGACAAGCUAUUUGGGCCCAUAUAAUCAAAAUGUUCCAAUUUUUGAUACACAGAAACCAAGUUGUUCCCACCAAGUGUUGCUGUCUUGCCACCUACACCAGAGGAGAUGAGCUUAAAAGAACGUGUCACUUUCACAUGUGUGGUCCAUGGUUUCUAUCCAAUGGAUAUUUACAUGGGAUGGAGCAAAGACGAUAUUGAGACUCCCAAAGAAUUGUAUGUCACCAGUGAUCCAAAGGUUGAUAAUAACCAGAGAUACUUCGCUGUCAGCAAGAUGACUGUGCCAUUUACUGAUUGGGAUGAUGAUAAGCCAUACACCUGUGUGGUUGGUCACGAAGCUCUCCCACUGUAUUUUACACAAAGAACCAUUGACAAAACCACCGGUAAACCAACCAAUGUCCAUGUGAAUGUCUACAUGUCUGAUUCCCAACUCUCUUGGCCCUAA